CCUUGGAGAUGGAUCCCAAAAUACUUUAUUUCCUUCCUCUGGUAUAUCUCUUCACAAUUACUUUUGCUUCCACAGAGGAAGCAACAACUCUUCUUAAAUGGAAAUCAACUUUCAAAAACCAGAAUAAUUCCUUAUUGGCUUCUUGGACACUAAGUCAUCCUGCUGCUGCCAAGAAUUUUUCGAGCCAUGAUCCAUGCAGGGACUGGUAUGGAGUUAAAUGCUUUAAUGGUCGAAUAAACAGGUUGAAUAUUACAAAUUCUGGUGUCAUUGGUACACUCCAUGAUUUUCCAUUUUCAUCUCUACCUUUUCUUGAAUAUAUUGAUUUUAGCAUGAACAACCUUUCUGGUCCCAUUCCUGCAGAAAUAGGGAAACUUACCAACCUUGUCGAAAUUGAUCUUGAUACAAACCAGUUAACAGGUCAUAUUCCUCCGGAAAUAGGCAACUUGAUCAAUGCAAAAUUGUUCUAUGCUUACUCCAAUGAAUUGUCUGGUUCCAUUCCUAUUGAAAUAGGGAAGAUGAAGUCACUUGAAAGUUUAAGCUUACAGAAAAACAAUCUUUCUGGUCCAAUUCCAAAAUCUUUAGAUGACCUAACUGAGCUCAAAAUUUUGUACCUUUAUUCUAACCAACUUUCUGGUCUCAUUCCUAGUGAGUUGGGGAAUCUGAAAAACCUCAAUGAGCUAGAUUUAUCCGAUAAUAAGCUUAGUGGUUCAAUUCCAAUUACUUUAGGUGACUUAACUGGGCUCAAAAUUUUAUACCUUUAUUCUAACCAACUUUCUGGUCUCAUUCCUAGUGAGUUGGGGAAUCUGAAAAACCUCAAUGAGCUAGAUUUAUCCGAUAAUAAGCUUAGUGGUUCAAUUCCAAUUACUUUAGGUGACUUAACUGGGCUCAAAAUUUUAUACCUUUAUUCUAACCAACUUUCUGGUCUCAUUCCUAGUGAGUUGGGGAAUCUGAAAAACCUCAAUGAGCUAGAUUUAUCCGAUAAUAAGCUUAGUGGUUCAAUUCCAAUUACUUUAGGUGACUUAACUGGGCUCAAAAUUUUAUACCUUUAUUCUAACCAACUUUCUGGUCUCAUUCCUAGUGAGUUGGGGACAGGGCCAAUACCAAGAAGCUUUAGCAAGUGCUCGAGUUUCAAAAGAGUUCGGUUGGAUAACAACAGUUUUACUGGAAAUUUAUCUGAUGCUUUUGGCAUCCAUCCACACCUUUACUUCAUUAAUUUGAGCGAAAAUGAUUUUUAUGGUGAACUCAGCAGCAACUGGGGGAAAUGCAAGAGUUUGACUGAUUUGCGGGUAGCCAGAAAUAACAUUAGUGGUAGCAUACCACCGGAGAUUGGAAACCUCAAAGGGCUUCAAGGACUUAUUCUUUCAUCCAAUCAUUUGGUUGGACAGAUACCUAGGGAAUUAGGAAAAUUAACCUCUCUGGUUAAUCUUCUUUUGCGAAACAACCAAAUUUCUGGCAAUAUUCCUAUGGAACUUGGGUUAUUGACAAAGUUAGAUUACCUUGAUCUAUCAGACAAUAGAUUGAAUGGUUCGAUCCCACCGUUUAUAGGAGAUUACCAACACCUGUUUCACUUGAACCUGAGCAACAACAAAUUUGGCCAAAAAAUUCCAAUAGAGAUUGGGAAGAUAACUCAACUUAAUGUACUGGAUUUGAGCCGUAAUCAUCUUGUUGGAGAAAUCCCCCCUCAGUUAGCCAAUUUGAAGGUGUUGGUAAACUUAAAUCUUUCACACAAUGGCCUAUCUGGGCGCAUUCCUCAAGAAUUUGAAAGUUCAACUGGUUUGCAGGAUGUCGUAUUGUCAUACAAUCUGUUGGAAGGUCCAAUCCCUAAUAAUAAAGCUUUUAUCAAUGCCUCAUUGGAGGGUAAUAAAGGUCUUUGCGGCAAUGUAGUAGGAAUCCAUCCCUGCGGAAUGCCGUCUUCUGUGGUGAAGAAGCACUCAAUGGCGAAGGGACGUAAACUCAUCCUCAUCAUUGUACUUCCUGUUAUGGGAGCACUUGUCAUCCUCAUCACUGUACUUCCUGUUAUGGGAGCACUUGUUCUACUCUGUGUUUUCAUUGGUGUUCUGUUUAUGUGUGACAAAAGAAGUAGAGUUGGAGAUGUUGAAAGACGGGAUAGUGAUGGUUGGCUUUCGAUAUCCAUGUUAGAUGGGAAGGCAUUGUACAGGGACAUCUUAAACGCCACAGAAGAGUUUGAUGCAAAAUUUUGCAUCGGGCAAGGAGGACACGGAAGCGUUUACAAGGUAAACCUUCCAUCAUUAGGGAAUAUAGCUGUGAAGAGACUUCAUUCUUCAUUUGAGAAUACACCUCCCAAAAGUUUCUUAAAUGAAGUAAGGGCAUUGACUGGGAUUAAGCACCGGAACAUUGUGAACCUCUAUGGCUAUUGUUCGAAUGCACAACACUCGCUCUUGGUUUAUGAGUAUGUGGAGAGGGGGAGUUUGUCUAGCAUUUUGAGCAACAAGGUUGAGUCCAAGAAAUUGGAUUGGUUUAAAAGAGUGAAUAUCAUCAAGGGUGUUGCUUUUGCUUUAUCUUACAUGCACCAGGACUGUUCACCCCCGAUUGUCCAUCGAGACAUAAGUAGCAGUAAUGUUUUGCUUGAUUCUGAGUAUGAAGCUCGUGUUGCAGACUUUGGCAUAGCGAAGCUACUCAAGCCAGAUUCAUCGAAUUGCACUGCACUUGCAGGCACAUAUGGCUAUGUUGCACCUGAGCUUGCAUAUACAAUGAAGGUUACACAAAUGUGUGAUGUCUUUAGCUUUGGAGUGCUAUCAUUGGAGAUAAUAAAAGGAAAACAUCUUGGGGAAUACAUUACCGUGCUAGCAGAUUCAUCGACUAUAGAUCCUGAGCAGCUUAGCAAUUUUCUGGAUGAACGCCUUCCAUAUCCUGAAGAUAGAGUAAACGAGGCGUUGGUUUUUAUCAUCAAGCUAGCAUGCUCUUGUUUGCUUGAAACUCCAAAAUCAAGGCCAACAAUGCACUUCAUCUCUCAUAAGUUAUCAUCAAUGGAUGCACGUCCACCUAUUCAUCAGAGAAACCCCCAUGUAAGGCGAGCAAUAUAAUCCCUGAUAUGUAUGGAAAUGAAUAACCUUUGUUGCUGAUUGGUUGUGAAGUAUGUAUUUCAAUUGCUGGGCCUAGUAUUGUUAGGGUCCUCAUUUGGUUUACUUUAUUAAUAUGCAUAUUGUAAGAGGUAUUAUUUAA